UGAACUUAACUUCUCUAUAUUUUAAAGUAGAUAUUACUCGUAAAGAUGGAUAUUUUCACCUAGGUAAACAUUGAAGUGCCAAGAUGUAAGCAUGGGACUGGUGGACAUUGUAUUCAACUGGCAUCUUUUAAUUGGCUAAAAGAUCUUCAUGGCUUGGGGGAUCUCUUCAGCUGAAAAUUUAGUCUAAUUCAAUACCUCGGACAUAUUUACCCUUCAUUGCGUGCGUUCCCCGCAGUCGCUAUGAAGGUUUCGAAUUCGCUAUGGAAUUGAAACUUUCUAUUCCGGAUGGACAGCAAAAUCCAAGUAUCGAAGUCUUUAAACUCGCCUUACGACGGCUCGAAAACGAUAUCGUCGAUUUAUCUAUCGAGAAUCAUGCGUCUGACUCUCCUGUUCAUUUAAAUAGCCUUUGUAACUAUUGCGCCGUAGUAGGCGAGCGGAUCAGAGCCGCUUGUAGUGGUGAUGAUGACGCAGCUCAAGAAGUAGCUUUUGGUGGAGGCGCCAGAGAUGCUUCGGGUAAUUUGCAUUUAGGGAGUCUGCGCGAGGUAUUCGCUCAGGAGAGUUGUUCUCUCUGUUGUUUAAUCAAGAGACAGUUUUUGCGGAUGAAGUGGAGGGAAAUAUAUAGUAAUGCAAGGUUGAAAAAAGUAGAACUUCAUGGUUUGAUACUUGGAGAGCUUCUUGAAUUGGCUUAUCCGGAAGAGGAAGUUUCUGCUGAGAAGGAAAAUCAGUGGAUUAUUGAUCCUUUUUCACAAAGGCUGCAGAUUUCUCUCAAUACUAUUCCUAGUGAUGGGAGAUUAUUGUUAUGGUUGCCUGAAAAUACGGUGGAUGAGGUUAAUGAUGAGCCCGCUCAACUUCCAAUGAUUGCUGCUGAUCACGAAGCUCUGUUUCCGGGGGUAAAACCAUGGAUUCCUUUACCUUGCGGGAUAAGUAAUGACAAGAGGGAUCUUUUAAUGUUCUCAAACUGUUUUAAGUCAUGUAUCCAGAAUCAUGGGGAAUGUCGAGAAAUAUCAGUUAAUCUCGGAUUAGGCGUUGGACCUAGUAGAUUAAUCGAUAUUGAAGAAAUGAGAAUCGUGAAGAUGGGAAUCGAUGAGACUCCUAGAUAUUUUGUCCUUAGUUACGUAUGGGGACACCCACCAUUUCUUCUUUUGAAAAAAGAAAACGAGAGGGAGUUUUCCACGCUGGGAUUUUUGGGGAGACAAGUUAUACCUCGAACGAUUUUGGAUGCGAUGGAAGUGACGCGACGAUUUGGCAGUCGAUAUUUAUGGGUAGAUGCUCUAUGCAUCGUUCAAGAUGAUCUAGAGAAUAAAAUGCACGAGAUUGACAGGAUGCAUAUUAUAUACGCACAGGCAGAAAUGGCCAUCGUUGCAGCGACGGGCAAUGGUGCUAAUUCUGGCUUGAUCAACAUCGAUCCGGUAUUUGCGGAUGAAAGAACGCAUUUGAUCAAUGGUAGUAGAUUUACAGUUGAUCCAAUGGAAAUGCGUCAAGAGGUUGAAUUCUCAACAUGGUUUUCCCGUGGAUGGACAUUUCAGGAACUGGUUUUUUCGAAAAGAAUUUUGUAUUUUACUCCCGGACGCACUUAUUAUGCUUGUGAAGAAGGGAGUUGGAGUGAGGAUUUUCCGUUUGUUGGGGAAGUUGAUGAGCAGGAGGAUGAGGAUGAAGAAGAAAAUCAAAAUCAAAAAAGAAACGUAUUCUAUGACGAAAAUCUCAAAACGGGGUUUGACUUUCGGGAAAAAAUCAACCCGUUUGAAAAUUUUACGUCGAUGGUUUCGAAAAUGUCGACGAGACAAUUUACUCUGGAAAGCGAUUGUUUGAAUGCAUGUCGUGGGUUUUAUACUGGACUUUUGUUGAAAGGUUUAGGGGGUUCGGUAUGCGGAUUACCCGGUUUCUGUUUUGAAUUUGCGCUAGCGUGGCAAGCUGAUGGGAAUCUUUCGAGGAGAGGGAAAUCUUCAGAGUUGAAGGACUUUGGAUUUCCAUCUUGGUCUUGGGCGGCUUGGAAUGGACCGAUUGAGUAUCCGUUUCUUUGUGGUCCGGACAAAUGUGCCGUGAUUUCUGAGGUGAGAUGGGCUGUUUUCGAAGCUUAUAAAGUUGUGGAUUAUGCUGUGGAUGAUACUUGUGAUGAUGAGGAGGGUUUGAGGGAGUACAGGUAUAGAUUCAGACAAGUGGUUCCUACGAUCAAAGUUCAUACUUUACCUGAACAAUCUUAUCAGAGUAUGAGUUCAUGGUUAUCUCAUUCUUAUAUUCCGGAGAAGAAACAAGAUCUCAAUUCUCAUAUUGGGAGUUUAGUAGAUCUUGAGUCGGAAAGAAGUAUGAGUAUGAGUAUGAGUACGAGGAAACUAAUAUCUAGGAAUUUCAUCGGACCGAGUAUUUUGAUCUUUCAUACUAAAUCUCUCAUUUGUUAUUUAAAAGAAGCAUCAAAGCCCUCUCUCGCAAAACACAAAGAUUUAAGAUUCUUAUCCAUUUAUUCCCUCUCUUCCUCUUCCUCUUCCUCUUCCUCUUCCUCUCCAUCUGAAAAAAUAAUCGGAGAACUCAAAAUCGAUAUCACGACCCUGAAUACCUUUCUCAACAACUCACAGAUCCCUAUAACCUCAGACGACAUUCAUAUAAGGGCGGAAAUUAUCUCUCUCUUUGAGAUGGAUUUUGCGACUUCUUCCGUGAGGGAUCUAUUGUGGAUUAAUAGGUAUAGCGCGCGAAAUACUUUUUCCGAAGGGUUUAGGGAGGUGUUGGAGGAGAGGUGUGAGAGGAGGGGUGAGAGGGGGAGGAGGGAUGAGGAUGAGGGUCGUUAUGUGGAUUAGUUGGGAAAGGGUGUGGCGAGGAGGGUUGCCGGGGUGGGUUUUGGGAGGUGUUUGAGGGGAGGGGUGUGGG